AUGUUCUUUAAUCGAAAAGGAAAUCUUUGGGAAAAUGUUCUCACAAAUCUUCAAAAAGAGCGCAAAUCGAUCACGGUUGGAUUGUGUAAAAUUUGCAACAACAUCCAUCAAUUGAAGUGGAGCGAAACGUCGCUGAAAUCAAUUUAUCUUCAUUCACCUUUAUGUAACAGAUUUGAUGGUCAUCUGAACUCUAUUUUUAUUGAGUGA